UUCCUCUCGUGGUAGGUAGCCCCGUCCGGCGGCGCCGAUGCUAAUACCUUCAAUAGCCCCUUGUUGGCUUCACAUCCAAUUCGAGAUAGAAGCGCGGGAUCCCCUCGCCGCGCGCCCUAUUCUGUGUGGACAGAUCCAUUGAGAGGCGCCCUUGAUUCCUGGCUGUUGUAUCAUGGGGUUGCUAGCUCUGAAGAUGCUCAUGUCUAGGCGGCGGGAUAGCAAGCAUCUUUGCGGCCAGAUUCAAGCCCGUAAUAGAUUGGUUACUUCAGUGGUUAAAAGAAAGAUCUCUUCAUGCCAACACAAUAACAAUCAAGGUUGCAAGAGAGUGGCAUUUUCAGGGGCAGACCUUCCAGAGGACAUCUGGCGCCAUAUACAUUCCCUACUGCCGCUGCGAGAUGCUGCCCGUGUUGCCUGCGUAUCUCAUGCAUUUUUACGUUCCUGGAAAUGCCAUCCCAACCUCUCCUUCACUAGGAAAGCACUGGGCCUGAAUGGAAUUCCACGUCAAAGUGAUGUAAUUGCAAGGGAUCUCACUAUGAAAGUCGACCACAUUCUCAAAAAACACUCAGGCAAAGGAGUUAAGAAAUUCAGGAUCGAAUUGCACAUUCCAGUUGAUCCCUGCUAUCUUAAUAGCUGGCUUCAGAUUGCUGCUGAACUACGGAUUGAGGAACUCGCCGUUGUUCUACCUUCAACCUGCAAUGCAAAUGACUACGAUUUCCCUUGUGCACUUUUUGUUGAUGAUGGGUGUAGAAACGCAAUAGAGCAUCUCUGCCUUGGCGGUUGUGCCUUCCAUCCCACAGCUGGAUUUGGUUACUUGAGAAAGCUGCGGCUGUUUUGGGUGCAUAUUACGGUGGAUGAAUUAGAAUGCCUUAUUUCCAAAUCUCCAGCUUUGGAGCACUUGGCACUCAAGUAUUGCUAUACGAUCACUUACCUGAAGAUACCUAGCCUGCUACAGCAUCUCAGCUACCUGAUGGUGGCUGCAUGCGCUAAUCUGCAGACAAUAGAGUGUAAAGCUCCAAAUCUCUCCACUUUUUACUUCAGUGGUCGACAAGUUGAACUUCUGUUUGGAUGUUCAGUUCAAGUGAAGACCAUGGAAAUGCGUUGUUCUACUCAGUGUAACACCAUUUAUAAUGCUUGUGCCAACCUGCCAUCCAUUGUGCCAAAUAUUGAAACUCUCAGCAUAUCUUCUGUUAGUGAGGUGGUCAAUACACCAAUCGUGCCUGUAAAAUUCCUCCACCUCAAGUAUCUGUCUAUUUCUCUUGAAGGAAAUGGGGCUUUUUCCCCAGACUAUGAUUACUUUUCUCUGGUUUCUUUGCUGGAUGCUUGUCCUGUCUUGGAAACUUUCAACUUGUUUGUGUCACAGGAUCGCAUGAAACACGAUUCGGUUCUUGGAGACCCGUCGUCACGUCUUAGGCAGAUGCCUGAAUACCGCCACGACAACAUUAAGAAUGUGAAGAUUAUUGGGUUUUGCUCUGCGAAGAGCAUGGUCGAGCUGGCAUGCCAUAUUCUCGAGAAUGCAACAUCACUCGAGUGCCUUACUUUGGACACGAUACGUGCUGUUUUUAGUAUUGACAGACACAUUCACAAAACCGGUGAAUGUGGCCACAUAGGCAGGCAUAUGAUCAGAGAAGCACGUAAGGCGCUCUUGGCUGUCAAAAGAUAUAUUGUGGGAAUAGUUCCCUCCACAGUCAAGUUAAAUGUCCUGGAGCCUUGCAAGCUAUGCCAUGCUUUGGCUGUUUAGCUGUGGUAAUAUCAUAAUUUUGUAAAUUACAUUGUGGACCGAACACUGUUGCAUGAGUUGCGACUUGCAGAAACACCCAUGUAGAAGCAUAGGGGCAAGCAAUUAUGGUAUUUUGAUAUAUGAGAGAAGAUAUCAGAAACUAUUUAGUAUUAUAGUUGUUGAUAUAUUUUCUUAUAAAACUUGGUCAAAACUUACAGCAUUUGACUCGAGACAAAAGUUAUAGGCCUUCUCUGGGGAGACAAGGGAGUAUCAUGUAACUGAGAUGUGCUAUGCAGUUAUCCCAACAAUCUUGUUUA